GCAUGUUUUUUGUCUUAAUUAACAGGAGAUUUUUUCGGUGAGGAGGGAUUCCUGAACGGUGUGGACAGCUCCUGUAGUAUUGUGACCCUCAGUUGUGUAUCCUGUUUCAUCAUCAAUAGGACAAACUUCUCAUCCAUUGUCAAGGAGCCCCUUGUGAACUUACUGUUAACAAAUCGGAAAGCGCUUUACAGUGACGAGGUUCUGAAGGAACAGGGGUACGACAACGCCAUCUGGCGGCUAUACAAGCAUGGCACCCUGCAGGUACUGCGGAAAGAAAGUGGACAAAACCUGGCGUCUGAAGACAACAGGCCGCUUUCUGUCACAAGAAAGGCGUCUGACACAACCCCAGUCCAUCUAAAAAUCUACACUGACUACCCGACAAGAUCGAAAUACUCUAGCAAGAGAUCUAAGAGUGCCCCAGCAGCAAUGGUGGGUUCAAACAAGGAGAACACACUCUGGAAGAAGCGUCUGACGGCGACCAAGUCCGCAGUGACUGCCGCCACGAAGAUUACUCUGGGUACGAGUUCAGAAAGCGAUGCACAGUCCUGGGCGUUUUCGUCAGACGACGCGUCGACUAUCAUCUCCUCAGACAUAGACAAGGACAGUGGAUACACAACCAGUUCGGUCUCAUCUAUAGAGUCCACUCACGAGUUCCGGCGACGGUUCGCCGCCAGCGAGCUGGAAGCGCAAGGCAUCUCGGACAGGGCGUUGCAACUCAAGGCGGAGGCCCUUAACGAAGUAGAGUCAUCAUAUGCAAGGAGACAGGCUAUGAUGGACUCUGAAGAUGAGGUAGGCAAGAUGAGAAAGUCUAAGGAGCCCCUGGAAGACGAGUCUCCUUCUGUCUUAUCUCUUCUGACUAACGAAGAUGGGACCAAAGAGGAAGAGAAGUGGCACACUGUCAUCCAUGAGGAACACAAACUAGCAGCAGAAACGCUGGCCGUCACCAGAAUCAGGAUGAUGUUUCUGCGCAGGCGCCUGGGUCGCUACCAAAACGACCGACGGGAAGAACAGAAGAAAUCUCGCGAGAGGAUGGAGAAGUCUCGCGAAAGUUUCCAGGACAAGCUACAGAAACUGAAAGAAGAAUCUGAGAGAGAAACUGACAAGUCCGACACGGAGAGUAAAGAAAAAGACCAAAAACCAAGCAGAUUGGUGAAGAGAAAAGCCCGGAUGGCCAUGUUACGCCGCCGUGCCUCCUCCCAGAGCCUGUCCCGGUCCAGUUCCCAGAGUUCCCUAGUCAGUCUGCCGGACACACCAAGAACAAGAACGCCGGUCCCAACUACUCCCACCACAGAGGGGUCAUAUCGGUCCAGGUCCCGGCGCAGCAGUGUGACGUCAGAGUCCUCCGUCACGGCUCCACCAGUCUUCGCUCGGCGGUCCACCGCUUCUCUGUUAGAGAGACUCCCUACCACAACAGGUCGGGGAUCCUUCCCGCGCCCAGCUACACGAGAACGGUCGAGACAUCCCAGCUCGCCGUUACCUGUGACAGCCCGGCAGGUCUACACUUCCGGGAUCAUAUAGGGUGUUUACUAUCUGUCACGUGAUUAUCACGUGAUCAUCACGUGGUGUAACGUCCACCACGUUGUUGUUGUUUUACAAUCACGUGAUAAUCACGUGCGCGACCUUAAUCUAGUUCCUUCAAUUCGCAAGCCACUAUCUCCAGUAAGGACUUUUCAUGAUGGAUUAUAUUUUCAUUAUGUGUUAUGCUAACUCAAUCAAACUUUCACGCUAAAAUGUAGAGGGGAGAUGUUGCUGAGUCACUCUGAAACACCUAAAUGCGGACAUUGAAUUUGUAGUAUAGGUACUAGGUAGCAUUUGCGCCUUAUGGAUGAAUACUAAUUAAAACACAUGAGGACCAUACCACCAUAACACUAAAAGAGAAAGCUAAAAGAUAAUAUGAUGAAAUUCUCUUUUUUUUUCAAUUUUCCUUCUCUUCGUUGUCUAUAAGACAGAUUGACUGACAGUUCAACGCAUUUCUAAAAUCUAAACGAUGUGCAACAAGUACUAAAAGGUAAUAGGUUACCAGUGAAGUUUCAAAUAGUUGUAUGUUAGUUGUAUGUUGUUAAGAUAUCCUAUCAUGUUGUAUUUAUCUAUACCUACAAACCGACUUUGUCUGGAUGUAAGAACGACAAGGUUGCAGAGUAGCUAAAUAGAUUUAUUUAAAAAAAAUGUGCAGAUCAGACCAGUACCAUGAAACCUUGUUGUAUCUGAUCAUGGACUAAUAUGAUGCAACUCGUGUACGUGUGCAGUAUGCAUAUGGCAGUUAAGGGAACUGUUCUAAUAUGUAAAUAAUAUGUUUCUGGAACAAUCUCAUGUGGGAUUUCGACAAGGCCAUAGGGCCGCCGGUUAAGUGCAAUUUAUUUAAAAAGGAAAUUAAUUAAAGACAUAGCAGUUGAAUUAUGAAGAAACCUUUGUUUGCUUCCUUGUCCAUUCUCUCUACGUAUUAUCGUAUAGGGUUACUGUUCAACAGAUUGUUUCUUAUAUAACGUUAUUACAGAGAUAUAGAUAGAUGAAUAAUGCAACUGGCCUAAAAA